AUGGGACAAGAAGAAGGAAUGAAGAAGAAGAAAAGAAAGAAAAUCUUCCACUCCAGAACGAAAGGGAGAAUAAAUACGCAAGCAGAGAUGGACAAAGAGAAUAAGAAGAAGAAAGAAAGAAGAAAGAGAAAAUCUCCCCCCGAACGAAAAACGAAGACGGGACCAAGAAAGAAAAAGAAAAAAGAAGAAGAAAGAAGAAAAGAAAAAUCCACCCUCCAGAAGAAACGGAGAAGAAGAAGAAGAAGAAGAAGAAGAAAGAAAUCUCCCUCCAAGAACGAAAAGGGAGAAAGGAAUAACGAAAGGAAAAGAGAUGGGACAAGGAAGGAAGAAGAAGAAGAAGAAGAAAAAAGAAAGACAAAAAGAAAGAAAAAUAAUCUCCUCCAGAAAAACGCAAAAGGGGGUAAAAUAGAAAGAAAAUAA